AUGUUUAAGAAGGCAAUAGUGUCAAUAAGGUAUAAUUCACUCAAGAAGUCGAAUUUCUAUUAUCGUUCACUUUCGUAUACAAGCGAACGAUAUCCUCAAGUGCAAAGGGAUACCAAAUUUAAACGAUUGAACGAAGAUGACAUUAGUCACUUCAAUUCUAUUCUUUCCAAGGAUCAGAUCUUGCAUGCUACCCCAGAUAAUCCAUUGAUAAUCUACAAUGAGGAUUGGAUGAAGAAAUAUAAAGGUCAAUCUUCUUUAGUUUUGAAACCAAAGACUACAACACAAGUGUCUCAAAUUUUGGCCUAUUGUAAUAAGGUACAGUUAGCCAUGGUUCCACAAGGUGGUAAUACGGGACUAGUUGGUGGGUCAGUCCCGGUUUUUGAUGAAAUUAUUCUGUCAUUGUCAAAUAUGAACAAUAUCAGGUCUUUCGAUGAACUUACCGGUGUCCUAAAAUGUGAUGCUGGUGUAAUAUUACAAAAUGCCAUGGAUUAUGUUUCUGAUAAGGGACAUGUUAUUCCGUUGGAUUUGGGAGCUAAGGGGUCUUGUCAAAUGGGUGGUGUCGUGGCUACAAAUGCUGGUGGAUUAAGGUUUAUUAAAUAUGGCUCCCUCCAUGGAUCUGUGUUAGGUUUGGAAGUCGUGUUACCGAAUGGUCAGAUACUAAAUAGCAUGAAGUCCCUGAGAAAAGAUAACACUGGGUACGAUUGGAAGCAAUUAUUUAUUGGUUCGGAAGGUACCUUGGGUAUAGUUACUGGUGUUUCUAUUUUGACUGCACCCAAACCAAAGGCAAAUAAUGUGGCAUUCUUGGCUGUAGACAGUUUUUCCAACGUACUAGAAGUAUUCAAAAGAGCCAAGGGCGAAUUGAAUGAAAUAUUGUCUGCUUUUGAAUUUAUGGAUAGUACAGCAGAAAAACUGACUGAGAAGUACUUACCUGACUUACCCUUCCCCCUCGAAAGUGAUCAAGAGGGUAAUGAACCAUCAUUUUACGUAUUAAUUGAAACCUCAGGCUCUAACAAGGAACAUGAUGACAACAAGUUGGAAAGCUUUUUAGAGAAAGUUAUGGAAAGUGAGUUAAUUGUCGAUGGGACCAUCGCUCAGGAUGAGACCGAGCUAACUAAUUUAUGGAAUUGGAGGGAAAUGAUUCCAGAAUCUACUCAGAUGAAUGGGGGUGUUUAUAAGUAUGAUGUUUCGUUACCCUUACCUGACUUAUAUUCUUUGGUGGAAGCCACAAAUGAAAGACUAAAGAAGUUUAAUUUGAUGAGUGAAACAGAGUCUUCGAAGCCAGUCAUUGCUGCCGUUGGGUUUGGUCACAUUGGUGAUGGGAAUUUGCAUCUUAAUAUUGCAGUGAGAGAAUAUAACAAAGAGGUUGAAAAGGUCCUGGAACCGUUUAUCUAUGAAUUUGUUUCUUCAAAAAACGGAUCCAUUAGUGCAGAGCAUGGUCUAGGCUUCCAGAAAAAAAAUUAUAUCAAAUAUUCUAAAAAUGAUAACGAAAUUCAAAUAAUGAAAGAUAUAAAGAGGGAGUUUGAUCCCAAUGGGAUUUUAAACCCGUAUAAGUGUGUAUAA